AUGGCCAGAUUUAUCAUUUUUCAAAUGAUAUUUCUGUUUAAUGGGAUCUCAUCUCAGUCUGUACUUUAUAAAUUGGUAAAAGAAAGUGAUGAGUUUUAUGCUUUAGAAAACUCUUCAGUUGGUUCUAAAAUCCAAUGUGCAGCUAAAUGUAGCGACAAAGACGAAUGCAGCGGUUUCGCUUAUCAUCCGAAUGAUGCUGAUUGCAUCCUGUUGUCUUUACAAAAUACGGAUAAAUGUCCAGACUGCCUCUCUAAAGAUGGAUUAAAAUAUUAUAGACUUCAAGAAGAACCAACGACUACAACGACUUCAAAGCCGACUACGACGACGACAACAGUUCAACCAACAACAACUACUACAGAUGCAACUACGAGUACUACAGCACUUCCAACUACAACUACUUCCAAAGCAACAACCACUACAACAGAGAUUCCGACAACUACUACCACAGAAGCACCAACAACUACUACAACGACACAGGCGCCCACAACUACUACUACAACAGAAGUGCCUACGACUACUACUACUACAACACAGGUACCCACAACCACGACAACAACACAAGCUCCGACGACUACUACAACAACACAGGCUCCCACGACAACAACCACACAAGCUCCGACGACUACCCCUACGACACAAGCUCCAACAACUACUACAACGACACAGGCGCCCACGACUACAACCACACAAGCUCCGACGACUACAACAACGACACAAGCGCCAACAACUACUACAACGACACAGGCGCCCACGACCACUACUACAACAGAAGCGCCCACGACCACUACUACAACAGAAGCGCCCACGACCACUACAACAACACAGGCGCCCACGACCACUACAACGACACAGGCGCCCACGACUACUACAACGACACAAGCUCCGACGACUACAACAACGACACAAGCUCCGACGACUACAACAACGACACAAGCUCCGACGACUACAACAACGACACAAGCUCCAACAACUACCACUACCACACAAGCUCCAACAACUACUACAACAACACAGGCGCCCACGACCACUACUACAACUCAGGCGCCCACGACCACUACAACAACACAGGCGCCCACGACUACUACUACGACAAAGGCGCCCACGACUACUACAACGACACAGGCGCCCACGACUACGACACAAGCUCCAACAACUACCACAACGACACAGGCUCCCACAACCACUACUACAACACAAGCUCCUACAACCACUACAACAACUGAAGCACCCACUACUACAACAACUCGAGAACCUACAACAACUACAACAACUAAAGCACCCACUACAACUACGACAACAAUAGCUCCUACAACAACCACCACUACUUUGAAACCAACCACAACUACAGAAGUACCAUGCAUACCCAAGGAAAUACAAUGCCCUGAUGGAAAGCUCUCAGGAUUGCAAAUCGAAGCAGAAAUGUUCAACGCGGUAUGCGAUAAAGCUCCAGAAUGGUCUAUAGGUGAUGAUGACAAACCUCCACCUUAUAAUAAAGUUCUUAACGAAGGUGAAGAUGCUAUAAGUUGCGAUGCUCAAGAACACAUACAAAGUAUGACUAUGUGUUUCGUUAAUAAUAAAGAUGGUAAAUUUACUAUAAAAGAGUUAAAAGUGGAAUGCCAAAAAUUAGAUAGCUUGAAAAGUGAUUCUGACGGAAUGAAAGAUGGUAGUGUCGUUGGCGAAUCUGUAGGAUGUGAGGAGAGACACGUUAUAAAGGGAAUUAACCUUGCUAACAAUGAUUUAGGAUUAAAAAUUGUAUGCAUCGAGAGAAAAGGUCUAGAAGCUCCAAAACUUCCAGCCAUUCCAGACAUUCCACAAAUACCGGGACGUUAA